AUGUCAAAAUUGGCAACACUUUUAAAAAACGAACCUUCAAAGGCAACGAGAAUUGGAACUUAUCGCGUUUGUUUUCAUGAUGAAUUUUGCAUCGGGAACGGAAGUGACGGAACAAAUGUUUAUGUUGGAUUAUCAGAUGAUGGCUAUGAAGUGGCAAUAAAGUGCAUGAAUCUGAAUAAAUGUCAGCAAAUUGGCGACAGUGAGAAAGAAAUCUUGAAUUGUCCAAACGUUCGAAAAGAAAAGCACAUUGUCAACUAUCGCUUUUACCAACCAGUCGAUUCUAAAAAAGCGAACUUAGUUUUGGAUUUACAUGAGGAAACCUUACGGGAUUAUGUUUUGCACAAGAAUCGCACUAUCGAACAUUUAAGAAAAGAAGGUCCAAGUAUAAUACAUCAAAUACUUUUUGGUGUAAAAGCCCUUCAUUGCAGCGAUCCGGAAAUACUCCAUCGAGAUUUGAAACCAUCGAAUAUACUUGUGAACGUGGAAGGCGAGAUGGUGCUUGCUGAUUUUGGCAUCAGUCGAACACUUUCAAAAGACAAAACCACGUACAUGAGCGGUUUAAGUGGAACUGAAGGCUGGAUGGCAGUGGAAUCACUUCCGAAUGAAGAAGAUGAAGACGACUACUUAUCGUAUGCUGAUAUUAAAGUUCGUUAUAAGAAACAAUCUGACAUUCAGGUUGUUGGUAUGUUAUGUUACUAUGUUUUGACCAAGGGAAAACAUCCAUACGGUAAACAUAUUCAUCGAAAUCAUAAUAUAUCGAAAGGAGAUUUUAAUUUGAAGGAUUUAAAUGAUCCAUGCGCAAUAGACCUUAUUACAUGGAUGCUCCAGCAUGAUCCUGUCAAACGACCCAAUGUUCACCAAUGUCUAAAGCACCCCUACCUGCGAACGGCUGAAGAAAAUUUUAAUUUCGUGACGCGUAUUGGAAACGAGAAAGAAAUUAAAAUCAAAGAUGCAACAUCACUCGUUGUUCAAGAAUUAAAUAAGGUGUCUGGUUUGAUCAAUUGGAUAGCGAUGAUUGAUGUUUGUGUGAUGAAGCACAUGACUGCACCUCGGCGUACCGCGUAUGCAAAUGAUGCAGUAGAUCUUCUGAGAUUUAUUCGAAACAUGGCAGUACAUUGGCGUGACAAGGCACCACCAGUAAAUGUCCAGAACACUGUCGUUACACCACAAGAAUAUUUUCAAAGAAAAUUCCCUGCGCUGUCUGUUGAAGUGCAUCAAGUCAUCAGAGAACAUCCUAACUGGACAAGAAGAGUAGAUUUGAAGGAAUUUUUUUAA